GCUGUGAUGAAUGACUGUGAAGUGCUCUAAAUCGUUCAAGAGCAUGAGCCAUCUCACACUCCUCCGCACGGCGGUGCGCAAGGCGACCCUGGCCAAGCAUCACUUUAGCCGACAUGGGAUGCCCAUUCGCAUGUUCUCGUCCGCGGACCACCUCGUCGUGAAAGUGCCGUCGAUGGGCGACUCGAUCUCGGAAGGCACGGUCGUGUCGAUCACGAAGAACAUUGGCGACUACGUCCACAUCGACGAACCUGUCGUUGUCUUGGAAACGGACAAGGUGAGCGUAGACGUGAAUGCGCCUCAAGGCGGAGUGAUCAAGAGCUUUUUGGCGCAACUCGAGGACACCGUCGUCGUGGGUGCCCCGCUCUAUACGCUCGACACGACCGCUCCUGCACCUGCUGUGGUCGCGAAGCCUGCUGCGCCCGCCGCGGCCACCCCUGUGAUUACCAAAGCAGUCGAGCAGCCCAAGGCUGUUGCUGCGCCUCCUGCUGCCGCCCCCAAAGCUGCCGUACCUGCGACUCCGACCGCCGCCCCAGGCAAAUUCAGCCGCAACGAAACCCGCGUCAAGUUGAGUCAUUUGCAAGUCCGCGCCAACCAGCGGCUCAAAGAUACCCAAAACACCGCCGCGCUUCUGUCCACUUUCCAAGAAUGUGACGUGAGUGCGUUGUUGGCGAUGCAAAAGGACUUGGGCGCGACGUUCGAAAAGACCCACAAGGUCAAGCUCGGGUUCCUCUCUGCGUUCGUCAAGGCCAGUGCGUUGGCGUUGAAGGUCGUGCCUGCCGUGAAUGCCACCAUCGACAUGGACAAUAAAGACAUUGUGUACCACGACUACGCCGACAUCAACGUGGUUGUCGCCACCGACAAGGGUUUGGUGUCGCCCGUGGUACGCAAUUGUGAAUCCAUCUCCCUUGUGGACAUUGAGCGUUCGUUGGCGACGUUGGGGGCGCAGGCGCAAGAUGGUACGCUGGCGAUUGAAGAUCUCGCCGGCGGCACGUUUGCCAUCACCAAUGGCCACGUCCAGGGUUCGUUGGUGAGCACCAACAUGCUGCUGUCGCCGCACGCGGCCAUCUUGAGUCUCCACGGCGUCCAGAACCGCCCCGUGUUCCAUGAUGGGAAGGUCGUGUCGCGCCCGAUGAUGUACCUGUCCUUGUCGUACGACCACCGACUGAUCGACGGGCGGGAGGGCGUGACGUUCCUCAAGACGGUGGCGGACCUGAUCAGCGACCCGCGCCGCAUGCUCUUGCACGUGUAAUGACACCAAAAUGGACUAGUUAGUACUACUAUAGUAGUACACAACCAUCGAGGAUGCAGUUGUUGGCUGGACGACAGAGAUAACGUCAUCACGCUCCACCAAACUCACUCUCCAUUCGUUCAUCCCCUCUACCAGUCGGUCGAGAUUGUGAUUUUUUAGUUGACCAUACAGUAGCUAUUAAAAUAGAGAUGAUCCAUGA